CAUUGAUUCAUUGGCACGUAAGCCUUAGCUCUUUCUAUCCACUCUCCAACACUUGCCAAUAUUUGGACGCAAGUUUUGCUUCUUCACACACACAAGGCUCUAUAGAUUCAGAACAAAUAUAUUAUAUAUAUAAAUAUAUUCAGAACAAAUACACAUGUUUUGCUUCACACACACAUGUAUAUAUAUAUAUAGAUAUUUAAAUACGUAUAAUCGUGUUCUGCGUGCCUAUUGUAUAAUCACUACACAUCGAAGGGGCUAGUAAUAUAAUCAUAGAGAUAAGUGAUUUGUAUUUCAACUUGAGACAACAAGUUAAAGAUGACUAUCACCAAGGUCUACAUUAUAUAUUACUCUUUGUAUGGACACGUGGAUACUAUGGCAAGAGAAGUACACAAAGGGGCUGCUGCAAUUGAAGGUGUUGAAGCUACACUCUGGAGGGUACCUGAGGUUCUUUCAGAUCGAAUAUUGGAAAAGAUGAAGGCGCCUCCUAAACCAGAUGAUAUAGCUGAUAUCAAGCCAGAACAACUUGUGGAGGCUGAUGCUAUUAUAUUUGGUUUUCCUUCUCGUUUUGGUAUGAUGCCAAGCCAGCUCAUGGCCUUCUUUGAUGCCACUGGUGAGUUGUGGCAAUCUCAAGCACUGGCAGGAAAACCUGCUGGAAUCUUCUGGAGUACUGGAUUUUAUGGAGGAGGCCAGGAACUUUCAGCAUGGACAGCUAUAACUCAGUUAGCUCAUCAUGGUAUGCUUUUUGUUCCACUUGGAUACACCUUUGGUAGUGGCAUGUUUGAGAUGGACGAGGUCAAAGGAGGCUCCGCGUAUGGCGCUGGAACUUUUGCUGGAGACGGAACUCGUCAACCUACAGAGCUAGAGCUUCAGCAGGCCUUUUACCAGGGUAAAUACAUUGCUGAAAUUGCAAGAAAGUUGAAAAGCUAACCUUUCUGUGUGACAAAUACUCAACAACAUAUUGUGAACUGCUACAUUUUCAAGAAGGCUUCCUGUUGCUAACUUGCUAUACUUUUACUAGUACUGUGGCUGCAGGAUUGCCUCUUUCUCAGAAAAUCUAAUUAUUCUAAUGCAUAAGAUAUCCAGUAUUCUUGUCUUCAGAAGAAAAAUGCUCAAAAAACAGAACUUUUUUAUUGAUUUCAGAAUUGAGUUUCUUCUUACAAAACAUUAGAUAUUUGAGAUAUUAGUAAUUAAAGGCAAAAUAAUGCAUGCAAUCAUGUAAGUUUGACCUGUUUUUCA